CCAAUUUGAUGUACUUGGGGACAUGGGGUACUAUGCGAAUACGUUCUCUGCCAAAGUUUUUAAGAGCCCACCUAGGUGAGGCAAGGCGAGCUGAGGCUGUUGCACCACGCAUGGAGUUAAUGAGGGCUAUUGAUCUUUUAGACUGUAUUUUUGUGUUUGACUGUUGUUUUUCUAUGUUUGCAACAGGCUGGUUCUCGUCACAUGUGCUUGAUAGUUUGCGAUUACAUGUUGCUGUGAGGUUCUUAUCAGUAUACCCUAAGCCUGGUGCAGAGUCAUUGCUAAAAUCUGCUUCAGCUCGCUUUGAAAAGUCAAAGAGGGUGCGCAUUCCUGCAAAGAAUUCAAGACCUGAUGUAAAAAGGCAGCAAGUCAAUAAAGGUUCUAGUUAA